UUUGAGUUCAACUUUAAACGAUUCUUCUCUUCUCUCUUCCCCUCUCUCCUCUCUCCUCUCUCUCUCUGUAUCCAGAAACAAUGGGAGUUCUUCCAUGCCAACCAAAUCAAGAACCAGACUCAGAUCAAUCAUCAAACCCUAAAACCCUUUACUCAGAUUCCUCUUCUUCUUCAUCAAAAUCCUUCUCCUCUCUGGCUUCACAGCCAAGUUUACCUUCUGUCCCUUCUUUAACUGCAUCCAUUUCUUCCUUGAUUGAACACCCUUUGUCCUCCAAAGCCUCCCACCACUGCCUGGCCACUCUAAAGGGCGGCGGGGCCUACAUAUUCUGCCUCGCCCUCGCCGGAAAACACCUCUACUGCGGCUCCUCCAACGGCGAUAUCCUCGUCUCCGGCCGAGACCCCAGUCAGGAUGGGAAUUCUAACUCUUCUCUGCGCCUCGUGGCUCAAAGUGGAAGUGCCGUCAAGUCUAUUGUUAUCUUGGGAGAUAAACUCAUCAGUGCACACCAAGAUCACAGGAUCCGAGUGUGGAAAAUCGACAACGAGUUGACUCAUCAUCGGAAACACAACUACUACAAGUGCAUUGCGACGCUGCCGACGUUAAACGACCGGUGCAUGAAGCUGUUCAGCGCUAAGAACUACGUGGAGGUCCGGCGGCACAAGAAAUGCACGUGGGUGCACCACGUGGACACCGUGUCGGCAAUGGCGUUAUCCGCCGACGGCGCCCUCCUCUACUCCGUUUCCUGGGACCGAACCCUCAAGCUCUGGCGAACCUCCGACUUCAAGUGCCUCCAAUCCAUCUGGAACGCCCACAAGGACGCCGUCAACGCCGUCGCCGUAUCCCCCGACGGCCUCGCCGUCUACACCGGCUCCGCCGACAAGAAAAUAAAAGUCUGGGAAGUCAACGCCGGAGACAAACGGCGGCUCAGCCUGGCGGCGACCCUGGAAAAACACAAGUCAACGGUCAACGCCCUCGCGCUGAGCACGGACGGGUCUGUCCUCUACUCCGGCGCGUGCGACCGGUCCAUAAUCGUGUGGGAGAAGGACGGGGGCGGUGGGCCCAUGGUGGUGGCGGGGGCGCUGAGAGGCCACACGAAAGCGAUCUUGAGUCUGGCAGUGGUGGCGGAGUUGGUGGUUAGUGGCUCAGCAGACAAGACCGUGAGGAUGUGGAAGAGAGGGGUUGGUAAGAGCUAUUUUUGUGUGGGCGUGUUGGAAGGGCAUAGUGGUCCAGUCAAAUGUUUGACUGCAACUUUGGACACGAAGAAUAGCAAUACUAAAGAUGAGGAGGGUAAUUGUGGGAAUUCAUACAUGGUUUAUAGUGGCAGCUUGGAUUGUGAUGUUAAGGUUUGGAGAAUUUGGUCCCAAUUUUAGUGUGUAGAUUAAAGGGCAAUUUUUCUUGCUUGUAAUACCCCUUUCUUUAUUGUUCUGAGGAUACUGUACAUAUGGAACAGAGAGAGAGAGAGAGAGUUGAAAUCUAGUAGAGAUUAGUUUAUUAUAAUGAUCAAAUAUAAGAUUUUGUUUUGUUUUGUUUAUUAAUCUACUGAUUUGAUA